AAUAAAUGGAAGAAUAAGCAACAGUUGAGAAUGUCAUUAUUGAAGAAAAGAUUUCAAAAUCUAAUGGAGACGUGAUAAUUAAAAGAUAUCAAAGAGGAAAGACCUUAGGCAAGGGUGGAUUUGCUAGAUGCUAUGAGAUUACUGAAAUAGAUACAAAAAAAAUAUUGGCUGCUAAGAUUAUUUAAAAGAAUACUUUGACAAGAAACAGAGCAAGAUAGAAAGUACGUUUGUGAUAUAUAUUUUAUAGUUGAUAUCGGAAAUCAAAAUACAUAAAUCGUUACAUUAAACCAACAUAGUUUAAUUUAUCCAUGUAUUUGAAGAUCAUGACAAUGUUUAUAUCAUUUUAGAGUUAUGUACAAAUCAAGUAUAAAUAUGAUGAUAUCUUCAAAGACACUAAAUGAGUUAAUAAAGAGAAGGAGAAGAAUUACUUAAUUGGAAGUGCAAUGCUAUAUAUUACAAUUGGUCAAUGCACUUAAAUAUCUUCAUCAAAAUAAAAUCAUCCACAGAGAUUUGAAAUUGGGGAACCUGUUUUUGAAUGACAAAAUGGAGUUAAAAUUGGGUGAUUUCGGAUUGGCAACCAAACUAGAUUUUGAUGGAGAAAAGAAGAAAACGAUAUGUGGUACUCCCAACUACAUAGCCCCAGAAAUUUUGGAUGGCAAAAUAGGUCACUCUUAUGAAGUAGACAUCUGGUCAUUGGGUGUUAUUAUCUACACUCUUCUAAUUGGAAAACCUCCCUUUGAAACCCAAGAUGUCAAAACAACAUACAAGAAAAUCAAAGCAUGCUAAUACACAUUCCCUGAUCAUGUAGUCAUUUCAGAUCAUGCUAAAAAUCUAAUCACUAAAAUGCUCGUCCUAGAUCCAAGUAAAAGGCCCACUCUAGACUAAAUCCUACAACAUCCAUUUAUGACUUCCAAUCCAAUUCCAAAAACUGCCCAUAUUUCAACUUUAGUUGGUCCUCCUUCUAUGUCAUGGUUGUCACAAUAUUAAUCUACUCAAUCGUCUUCAUCUCAAUAAAAAAGAUUAGCUGAUACAGCACCUUAAUAAUUAAUGAAAGUCAUUAGUCAAGAUAGAGUGUCACUUUUGAAUGAUGCUCAAACUCAAAAUAAUUUUAUGAAAGAUUCUCGAGCAUCCUCUUAAAAAUUAGUUGAUAUGAGAGCCACUCAAUAAUCUGCCAAAACACUACCCACAGGGAUUACUAACAACAUGAAUAAUGUACAUUAAAUUAAUUAUUUUGUAGAAAACAUUUAAAAUUUAAAGAAAUGAGAUCUUUGUUAAAAAAUGGGUGGAUUAUAGUAGUAAAUAUGGACUUGGUUACUUAUUAAAUAAUGGUAGCAGUGGUGUAUAUUUCAAUGAUUCAAGUAAAAUAAUUGCAGAUCCAAAAUAAACUUAUUUUGAGUAUAUUGAAAAACAAUCAGAUAAUUAAUAAUACGAAGUCAAUUCAUAUUCAUUAAAUGAUUAUCCAAAAGACUUAUAAAAGAAAGUUACAUUGCUCGAACACUUCAGAGGAUAUCUUGAUACUGAUAGUACUGAUAAAGAUGGUAUUGAUCAAUCUGAUGACAACAAAAUUCCUAUGGUUUAUGUUAAAAAAUGGAUGAAAACUAAACAUGCUGUUAUGUUUAGGUUGUCUAAUAAGGUAGUUUAAGUUGACUUCACUGACAAAACCAUCAUCAUUCUAAACUCUGAUACAAAAUCUGUCACAUACAUUAACAAAAAAGGAGAAAAACAGAAUUUCCCAUUGAGCACUGCUUUAGAAUCAUAGAAUCACGAAAUGACAAAAAGGUAAUGUUUAUUUAAUUACUUUUAGACUUAAAUAUACUAAGGAAAUUUUGUAGCAUAUGUUAUAAGGAACGCAAGCUUAAGUAAUCAAUACAUAACUUACUUUAACUAAUUGGAAUUAAAAAUGAACCUAU